AUGUUUUUUGCUCUUCGCCGUGAUUAUAUCAUGCUGGGAAUUGUGUUUCUCGCCUUGCUGGCCGGCAGUUCCGCGGAACUAGGUUACCAGUAUCAGCAGAACAGCUAUGGAGGAUCUGUGGAUAACCAAGCCGAGUAUCCGACCCAGCCAAACGAUCACUACCAGGAGCACCACGACUUCCACAAGCAUUUCUAUGCCUUCGAAGCGCCCUACGACUCCUCCGAGGAGGCUGACCUGGUGGAGACCAAGCUGGCAAGUCUCUCCCAGAAGAACCUGCAGGUGGUGUUCAUCAAGGCUCCGGAAAAUAAGGCCGUGGUGGGAGCCCUCAACGCAUUGGCCAAGCAGACCACGGAGGACAAAACGGCUAUCUAUGUGCUAAACAAGCAGACGGAUGCCCACGAAUUGGCAAGCGAACUCAGCUCCUUGAAGGCGCAGCAUAAGCACAAGCCACAGGUUCAUUUUGUUAAAUACAGGACGGAGGCGGAGGCUGCCCAGGCCCAGCAGCACAUUCAGGCGCAGUACGGCGGAGCGGGAGCGGUGUCCCAGCCGGGACAGGCCUCCUCCUUGGGCUACUACCCGGAGCAGCAGCCGCAGUACGAUCAGGGAUACUAUCCGGAGUCAUCUCAGCGUCCCGGCGAGUAUCCAGUUCCCUCAAAUGGCUAUCUGCCGCCACCCUCUCCGCCAUCGUCUGGCUAUCUGCCGCCAGUGCCCAGUUACUCCUCCAUUGCCCAGGGCUACAGUGCAUCUGGAGGAGCACUGGCGGGGCAAAUAGAUCUGCCUCCAGUGCCUGAGGCCCAGCAAGAUCUCUCCGCCAGCUAUAACGAUGGUGGUCAGGAUUACCGGUCGGCCAGGUCGCAGCGUAUAGAUUUCAAGGUCAACGAGCGACGAAGGUCGGGCAGCCGCAUGGUCUUUCCUACCUCCAGGCCUUACCUGCCCUCACCUGUGCAAGCAAAGCGACGACGACUCUGA